GAAGCGCACGCGUGUCCUUCACCAAAUGUAGCUAUGUCCGAUCUAAGACUCGCGAUAAAUAAGUUUGAUUUAGUGCAAUCUGUUGUGGAAGUUUUUGAUUACUAAACACUGUGGACUUUAAAAGGGUGUUAGUGUCGCAACACAAUUUGCUCCACCCCAUCCUGUUUCUGGCAAGCCUCAGCGCCUGAGUGAUGAUUUGUGAAAAAUGGCCGUCAGAAUAAAACGUCUCAGUUUACAUCUGCGUAUUUUCGCAAUGAUAAUAUGGACAGCUAGUGGCGGUGAUGGCUACAACUGUCCAUAUGGACAAAAUUGCGGUUUCGAGCCCUCGCCGCCUGGUCGUUCACCACCCUGUGCUCAACCAGGGCUCACAUUUUGUCUCCAUCCAGAUCAAUAUCCCGAGCAUGUAAUCCGCAAGCUGGUACAGGCUGGCCAGUAUGAUAUACGGACUCUUCUAUCUGAUGAAAGUCGGGAUGAUUUCGAAGCGGUGAAGAAGGAAGCGUAUCCUUACGGCUAUGGUCCAAACUCCUUGCCUCACGUGGACCAGAUAUCAUUAGUUAACGAUGGUGCUAAUUAUCAUAAGGAUUACAAUACCAAGUUUCAAGCGAGGUUUAACCAGGAUAUAUACGCGGCAAAGACCCCCUUACAACCGCCAACAUCAAACGAACCAACUCCGUACAACAUCAAAGCUUUUCAGGCGACGAACUUUUCCAAAUUCGGUUUCCAAGGUUACCAAAGCUCUCCUAGUUAUUGGAACCCAAUAAACGAGAAGAGCUUGAAACAAAAUAGUGUGACUCCAAACCUUGGGGUCUAUAACCCUAAUUAUUUUAACCCAAACUUUUAUCAAAACUACGAAAACGAUUGGUUAAGACAAGCGUCGACAGGAGUGACGGAGUACAAUCCUAGCGAAUGGUGGAAAUACAUCACACCAUCUCAAUCAAGCGAUGUUACGAUUCAGAGAUCUAUAUCAUUUCCGACACACCCUGGGGGACACGGUCGGCGUAGGCGCAACGCGGAAUUGGUGCAGGCAUCUGCAAAAGGGCCUUUGACAGGCGCAGAAGCGCUCAGAAUAGCUUUGGGACUUGCUAGUGAAGACCCGUCAGCUGAACGUCCGAGACGUCAAGCGGCCAACACCAUCAACCUAUGCCAAGUGAGAGCCCGGUUUGUUCAACCGCAGGCAGCGCAAAACAACAAAGGCAACUGGCGCUACGUUGUCAACAUGUCUGACAAUAUGACACAACUUGUUCGAGUAGAAACGUGCGCGUCUUCUGAAUGUAGUGGAUUAUGCAGCAUUCCGCGUGGGUACUCAUCUCGAUGCGAACAAAAAUACAUUCAAAAACGCUUAGUGGCCUUACAGCCGAGUGGAGAAACACUAUAUACAGAUGUAUUUUGGAUUCCUAGCUGUUGUCAAUGUACCAUCAUUAAUAAUAAUUAAAUUAUGUUUGCGCUACUUGUGAGGGUUAUACCGUUGAUGCUACUCGACGAUAGAUGGCGUAAUAUAUAAAAAGCUCUCUUGUGUGUGAUUUUUCAAUAUGUGUUCCUUAUUAAAAUUACAUCAUAUAUAACAAAAGUAUGUUGAAGUUUAAGUUAAAAUUUUGAGUUAUGUGAGUAAAAGUAUUUAAAGAAGUAUUAUUAAAAUACCAUGUAAUUAGAAAUACC